AUGCAACCAGAGCCUACUGCCGUGUCUCAACAUACGCCCCCCAUUGACUCAUACUCAGUCAUAAUCAGUCCUACCCAGCAUGGACAUGACCUCGACGACGCUCAAGUCUCUGAUUUCCUCGAGCGAGAGGAGAUCAGAGACUCUGCAGACGUCCCGAGUAUGUCGACACAAGACGAAUCCGAUGGGUCCUUGAACAAGGUCGGCCCUGCCCCGCCCUCGCCCCAUCGAGUCCAUCGAGUGAGCCAGCAUGAGAAUGCUCGCACUCCCCCCAGAAAAGCAGCAAAUGCUGGAUUUUGCUUUGUGGCUUUUAUUGGACAGUCGCAAGCAUCUCUUGAGACACUUCCAAAUGAGGUUCUCACCCAUAUCCUAUCGCAUCUACCCCCACAAUCCAUAUCAGCCAUAACCCUAGUGUCUCGUCGAUUUCAUGCGCUGGUGACUACUCCUCAUGCUUGGAGAAUCGCCUUCUCGCGAUUUUUCCCCGGGCCCCAUGCUGUUGAGGAUGAUCGACAGACCAACACCGAAGCAGCAGACCUACGGUCGGACAGGCGAUUCUUCGCGAGGCUGACCGCGCUAGCCUCCUGGCGCAGCGAAUAUAUCUUGCGCACUCGCUUGAUGCACUCGUUAGCCCGGGGCAGACCGGCGCACUUCGACCCGCCCAAGAAGAAUGGAACUGUACGCGCGGCGAGUGCUCGCCACGGUAGUGCCAUCGCUACGUAUACAUCUCAGCUCCUCUUCCCGGUCAGUCACAUACAUGCUUCUUUCAGGCCCAACAAGAACCCCCUCUUCAUUCAUGGAGCCGCAGAGCAGGGGAUUGCGUCUGCCAGUGACCCAUCGACUGUAAAAGUCGGCACCUGGGGUGUCUCCGACCACCAAAUGUUCCACCACUUUGCAGAUAUGUUUCCUGGUGAAGCGCAAUACGGCCUCGGAUCGGGUGAUAUGGUCGGUUUGCCCAACGUGAUGGACGUCAGUCAACCAUAUGGCAUGGUUUAUGGCGAAGGCUGUCCCCAGGGGCGCAGUUAUUUCAUCUCAUCGACGGAGCAGCGUGGUCGUUUCUUGCGAGCUCCAGAUUCGGGUUCUCGCCCAGUACUCGGCAUCCCCGCCGUGAACAUGAUCACACAUGCUGUCUGUUCAGUGUGGAUUGCCAAAUCCCCUCACAUCCUCAAGAUGACCCAGGGGCUGGUGGGGAUACUGUCUGGAUCGUCUUCGGGUGUGUUGACUGCAUAUUCUCUCGGCCCUCACCCGACUUACGAAAGGCGAUACGAGCAAGGUCAAGUGACUGCUAGAUGGGUUCUGUGCCCUGGUGUUCCUAUUAUUGGCAUUGCCGUGGACGAUCAGUAUUCACCCAAGCGCCAUUCAGGAAAACGAAUUUGGGCUGUUGCUCUUAAUGCCCUAGGAGAAAUCUUCUACCUCACUGAACUUCUUCGGGCACCUGAGAUCCCACUUACAACCAAACUCAACACCGAGCAGCUUGACGAGGUGGCUUGGAAGACUGGCAGAAGCGCGCAUUGGGAGAUGGUCGAAGCGAGCAGGCGUGUGGCACGUCCAGAUCCCUUUAAUCGGGAACUAGUCGACGGAAGCUAUAGUCCACGAUCAUCAUCGGAUUUCAUGGGCCUCAAUGAGCACCAGAUUGCUGCUGAAACGAAGGAGAUUGAAAAUUUCAUCUCUUUCAAGCCCAAACACUUCCGCAAAUUCUGUGAAAGUUGGGACAUGCAACGUGAUCUUAAGGUGGACUUCGCUGGCGAUGAUGGGUAUGGGGCAGGCGAGUCGGUCAUUAUCAUCGCUCGCGGCUCGGGCGAAGAUCCAAAGGCAUCGAUCCGGCGGUUCAUGCGCACUGCUUCUCGGUCUGAUUCCGGCUCGGCCACACCAGAGCCCUUAUUGGAUACAACGGAAACUCCGCCAUCACUAUUCGGCGGCCCGGUGAACAUACCAAGUCCAACCGUCACUAGCAGUCUUCCCCAUUCUCGAUCCUCUGGACCGGUAAGCUCACCUUCGACCAACUCAGGAUGGCGUCUGUCGGACUUUGUUUUUGGUGAUCGCAAAUCUACGGAAGUUACCACUAGCGCGUUGGAUGCAUCCACUUUCGCGACUCUCACAUGCGAGGAGGACCCUCUUUUGGCUAUGUCUGGGAGCUCUACUUCGUCUGCAACAUCCUCCCCAAUGUUACCACAUAUGGAUCAGCCGCGGUCCGGCCUGGAAGUUCCUGGGCAACGCGCUCGAUACCUAGCUGUUGGAACCCGCACUGGAAUGGUUUUUGUCUGGGAUAUCCGAGCCCCGGCGGCGAAGUCUGCAGAUAUCACCAAUUCCAUCUCCUCGUUGCGCAUCAUCCAAACAGACUCGCCUCAGGUGUCUUCCUUAGCUAUCACGUCGCUGUACCUCGUUCAUGGAGGUAAUGAUGGCCUCGUGCAGGCCUGGGAUCCGCUAGCAUCGUCCACCAAGCCAAUCCGGACGAUCAACUCCCGUUUUUCAACCAGAGCCCGUCGUCGGCUUGUGCAGGCUGAGGCAUCUAUUCUAGGUGUUGGAAACAAUUACUACGCCACGGGCGCUAUCUGCCUUGAUACAGACCCGACCGUUCUGCGUGGAAUGGUCUCACUUGGCACCCACUUGCGAUACUGGUCUUACAGUUCUUCCGAGGCCGAUCAGUACAAGACCAGCAAGCGCCGCCUUCGCUACUUACUCCGUGGCAACAACGGGGCUACUGAAGGCCAACGCUUCAAUAAUAGUGGUCGGGGUGCAAUCGAGGACUUUAUUGAAGACGAACGCAUAGAUAUGGAGCGCCAAAAGAUUGCGGAUGAGAAAGAACGAGCACAUUUGAGUGCACGUUUCGGAGUUGAUCUUCUUGGUCCAGAUAUAGACGAGGAACAGCUUUUGGCGUAUGCCCAACUUUUAAGCGCGGAGGCGUGCUCUGGCGAUUCGGCGAAACCCAAGGAUAGCAUCACAGUCUCCAGCUCGGCCACAAGCGCUUCAUUCGACACUGUUGGUCCUAGUUCGUUUGGCCUUGGCGAGGUCUCAUCCUCUUCGUCUCCCCAUCAAGAUCCCGCGGACGAUAACGAUGAUGAUGAACUUGCCGAAGCAAUUCGCCUCAGCCUGCUUGAUGAACAAUUUGCUACCCUGCCAUUUGACCAAAUGUCGUCUAUCCCUAUCAAGUAUGCCAAGGGAGUAUAUCCGCCUCGACAGCCAUCGCCUGGAGCCGAGGAGGCUGAGAGCAGUAGACAGCAAGAGAUGGAUGAUCUGGAGUUUGCGAUUCAACUAAGCUUGGCUGAGGGCAAGAGUCGCGAGGAUGGUGAGGAGGAGUGGGAGGAAUUCCCAUCCCUCGCACUGGGGUCAAUACCUCCCUCGCCGUCAGGCAAGGGGAAGGGGAAAGCGAGAGCUGUUUAG